AUGGUAGCCGCCAUCUGGGGUCGAGGUUCUGCCCAGUUGCUGUUUGAAAAGUUCACAAGUAUUCAAAUAGACAAUUGUAAUUCAAGUGUCACUAUACCUUGCAUAAUAACUAACCUACAACUAAAUGAUACUCGUGCAAUGUUUGUUAAGUGGAAACUAGGAGGAAGUGAAUUUUUUGCUUUUGAUGGAUUUGAACAGCCCCCGAAAACGCACAAAAACAGCAGUUUUCAGUCUGCCAAAUUUGUGUCUCUGUCAAAGCUGUCCGCUGGCAUUGCUUCACUCUCUCUUUCAAGGGAAGAGGCAAUUCCAGGAAACUAUAGCUGCGAAGUAACAGAAUCAAACCGAGAAGGAAUAACUACAGUUGAACUUAAGAAAACAGUAGAAUCCUGGUUUGAACCGGUGGAGAAUGUUCUCAUAAUUAUCACCAUGGUAUUGGCUACUAUUUUUUAUUGGACUCAGUUAGGUGUUGUUGCAACGAAAUAUGACAUCUCAUUACUAAAGAAGAUCAGCUUAAUUAUUGCAGGACUAAUAGUCACAAUUGCUGCUGUGAUUGGCUGUAUUCUUUUAGUCCCAGAUGGAUUUGCAACAUCAAAUCAAAUCGGACUUAGCUUAAUUGUACUCCCUGCUGUCAUUUUAGUACCCCUUCUCUACAUUCUCUUAGACUCAGUUUUUGAGAAACCACCAUGCUUUGCAGUUAUGUUGCUAGUUUUGAAAGCACUUGGAUAUGUAAUUGCUGUGACUGGAUUUGCUAUGUCUGUAUCAGCAUGCCCUCCACCACAGGCUCCUGUCAUGGUUGCAGGCUUAGCAAUUAUUGAUCUUGUAGCAGUAAUUGCCUUAGUUUAUGUGAUUAUUAUUGGUUCCAACUUUAAAGAUCAUCAACCUCCAAGGAAAGCUGUAGAAGAACCACUAAAUGCACGUGAUGUGAGUUAAUUGAAUCUGAUAUGGACAUGGAAACAAGUGGAGAGAGACUUUUGUUCAUACACCGUGGCCUUGAUGAUGCACUACUCAAAGAAAAAAGAAAUCAGGAAAUUAGUUGUUUUGCAUGUGUGGAAAAGUGCUGUAAUGAUUUACAUGAUGUAAUUUUAUAGUCACAGCAGCUGUAGUAAAGUUCAAAAGAGAAGUGAGUGUUGUAUGCACGUGAGCUGUUUUCCUUUGGGGGGUGGACAAGGGCAAGAAUACAAAAGACUCUUUUUAUCCACUGUAAUAGGUCUCUUUAGUGCUGCACUUCUCAGAAUGGUGUUGACUGCCACUUUACAUAAAGACCAAAACUUCUUAAUAAAGGAUCACUUUCAGAUAACACAAUAUUGCGAGUUUGCUGCCUUCUGCUCUGGGCCAAUUUUUGUGCCACUGUACAGCAGCUGUUUCCCAUACAGAGUGGCACUUCCAGCCUCAGAUUGCAGUAAAAGUUGCAUAGCAGCAAUGCCAGAGGGAUGGGGAGAGAUUUCUUGGGGACUAUUUGCUCUGUUCUUUCCCCCAAAAUACCUUUCCAGGGCCAGUUAAUUUCCUGCUCCACUUAUAAUGCCUAACCAAUAUUUUCAGGUACUCUGAACAUUGGCCAGCAUCAGCCUUAUGCUUAGCAAAGGUCAAGCUAAGUUAGUAUUGGUACGUCUGAAAGAACCUUAAUCUCAUGGGCCAGACUUCUAUGGGACCAUUUACGUAAAUCUUUGUACUGCAUGAUAAAUGAAUUGCUAGUGUUUUCUCUUUGAUUUUACUCACUGUCCUUUAGAAACCAAUCCAGACCCAACCUAUCUUUGACAUUUUUAUGACAAAUGCAGAAAUAGCAUUAGAAUAAGAGAACUAUUUAUAUAAGCUGUGUUCAUACCUGUAUGGUGUGAAUAGCUACGGAUGUAAUACAGGGUGAACUGAUACCGUUCCUACUAUAACAUUUUUACAAAACUAUGGUACUUAGCCUUUUCUAAGAGAGAUCUUGAUUUCCAGUUCUUUCAGAUUAUCACAAAAGUCCCUAUUCACCCACUUGCUGCUAGUAUUCCUGCUGUAUAUAGUGUAAUUCUGUGUGUGCUUCGGUGAACAGUUUUUAGUCCAAGUAACUUCCUCUUUUUUCCUAUUAUUUAAAUAAAAUAAACUUUAAACUAAGGGCCAAGUCAAUGUUAAAUCUAAUUUACAUAAAGCGGUGAAACAUCCAAUAAGACUUCUGCUAAUUAAAGCAUCUCUCAUUCCCUACAGUUUGCAGCUACCAAAAAUAUAUACACUGAAAUAAGAGCUGUACUCUGUCAGACCAUUGGCUCUCAGCCUUUCAAAUUAGACUACAGUUCUUAAAUUGAAACCACAGUCUCUGUGAUCUUGCCUUUUGUGUUAUUUACAUGUGAAUUAUGUAAGAGGAAUUCUGUUCCUAUGCUUGUGUAGUUCUUACAGAUGUUAAAAUAUUGGCCCUUUUGAAACUGCCUUUGUAUUCCGUUUUAGUAACUGGUUGUUAAUGGAUUUUUUCUGUCAUUUCAGACAGA